CGCUUUUGGAUGAUUACUAUCAAACCAUUGAUUCUGAUUAAUAUACCGAUGCUAUCAUAGGCAUUCUGGAAUCAGACAAUUAUGAAGCACCUUAGGUCAUAACCAUCGCACAUGAAGACUCCCGACCCGUAAUAAGCAAGAGGGCCGUGAGAAUGCGUGAGUGUGGAAGACCAAGAAAGGGAGCCAUGUAACCCCUGAGACGACGGUGCCGAUUGAUGAUUAACUGCCGCUGAUUAUAAAUUCGAGGCUAGGAGCUCGCUUUUACUCAACAUUUCCUUCUCUCUCAAUCUCAUCGUUCAAAGUGUCUCCAACCCUUCGAACUACAGCCUUGCUCCAGAACGCUGCAGCCCCAACCAAACUAUUGUUGCUGAAAACCUUUGCGGCUCCAUAUACUGCACGAAAGAUGUCUUCCAGCAGAUCCAUCGAGAUAAUUCCCCGAAGGAACAUUGACCGAGCCCAUGCAGAUCACGGUUGGCUCAAAACUUUCCAUACAUUUUCGUUCGCAAAUUACCAUGACCCGAAAAACGAGUCUUUUGGUUCUCUCCGCGUCUUGAACGAGGACCGCGUAGCGCCUCGCACCGGCUUUGGCACCCACAGCCAUCAAGAGUAUGAGAUUUUUUCUUAUGUGAUUAGUGGUGCGCUAGAGCAUCAAGAUUCUAUGGGCAACACUGAGAUACUAACUCGUGGUGCCGUUCAGAUGACCUCCACUGGAACCGGCAUCUCUCACUCUGAGAAAGCCCAUGGCUCUGAAGAGGUGCAUUUCUGUCAGAUAUGGGCAUCUCCCCGUCCCGGGGAAGGCAAAGGCAAACCCGCCUAUUUCACCAGACAUUUUACCGACCAAGACAAGCGAAACCAAUUCAGGCUCAUCGUUGCGCCUUCUAAUUCGUCUGAAGCCUCGCUUGAGAGGGAGGCUGCAGGCCCCGCUCCAAUUCGCUCGCAGCUUCGCGCGUAUGCGUCGCUCGUGGAUCCUGCCGCAAUCCCUGAGGGGCGUAAAGCGUACAUUCACGUCGUUCAAAAAUCCGGAUACAACCCUGGUAACGCCAAGGGCGUCAGAUUGCGCGUUGGUGCUCAAAUCGAGGGUCCAAUAAUCGAGCUUAGAGAAGGAGAUGGUUCAUAUAUGUUUGUGGGAAAGGAUGCUGAACUGAAGGUUGAGAAUGCAGGAGAAGAUGCGGUCGAGUUUUUAUUAUUUGACAUGGAGUGA